AUGUCUCGGAAUCAUAGAAAAUAUUCUUUGCCGAGCAGACCAGAUGAGUUGGAUCCUACUUCAACUAUUUGGUCACCACCUUCAACAUCAAAUAAUAAUAAUAAUAAUAACAAUAACAACAAUAAUAAUAAUAAUAAUAAUAAUAAUAAUAAUAAUAAUAAUAAUAAUAAUAAUAAUAAUAAUAAUAAUAGUAGAACAUUAUUUUAUAGUUCUCCAACUUUGGAUCAUGUUGCCAGAAGUAAUCAAGAGGAAGAAGAAGAUCUAGCGAUACAGAGGGAGCGUGAGAAUCUCAAGAAGAAUCGAAGAUCAAUGAUGCGAAGAACUCUACCUGCAUUUCACCCGAUUCACAAUCUGAGUACACCGGGUUCAAACAAUGAGAAUUCACCGACCAAGAUUGGAUUGGAGGAGUUUAUCGAGUCGUCGAGUAGUGGUGUUGGCAGUGACAAUAGACAUCGCUACUUGAAGCGAACGAAAUCCGAUAUGGACAUUGGGCAUCAUUCACCAUCGUCAAACGGUAGCGAUGAAAAUGUGAUCGAUGUCAAUGUCCAGACACCGCCUUUCGCAUCGCCCAUACCACCGGCACGUCCACCACCCACUUUCCGACGGCAACGACCACCAACCCUCAAGAUUGUCAAGUUUCGUGAUGAGAUAGCAUCGGCUGAAUCUCCGGUACUCGAAAAGGAAGCGGUUGAGAAAGAUCUAGAGUUUAUCAAUAGAAAAGCAAAGCAGCAAGCCCAAAAUGCGGCAGACUACGUGCUGGAAGCCACCUCACAGGGUGAAGCGAUUCAGGCUUCGGAAAUGACUGAAGAGGAGAAAUCAAGACGUUACUUUAUCGCCUAUGUUUUGAUUCAAGAUGCUAUCAACUAUCGCGAUCCCAAUCAUCUCUUGCAGAUCCCACAGCUGAAAGCAUAUAAGAUCUACUAUUAUCCUGCCAUCCGAUUGUUGUUGCUACUCACUUGCAUUGGUCUGCUCACACUUGCAUACUUUGAGCACCCAACUAAAGAUACUUAUCGACCACUGGUUCUUCUCCCGCUGGAACUGGUUUUCAUUAUCAUCUUGACGGCGGAACUCUUCUUCAAGUACUAUGCAUACGGCCGGCAGGCAACGAGGAAUCCUUGGAAUUGGUUCAAAGGUAUACUACUGUUUCUAAAUUACAUCGAUAUCAUUGUUGCAUUCGUACUCAAUCACUAUGGAAUUGUGAGUGUACGAGUAUCUAGAUUGUUUCGUGUCUACUACAUGAUUGACUACGAUCGACUGACGCGUGAUCUUGCAAUGCAAGUCAUCUACACAUUCUAUCGUAUGUUUCCAGUGGCAAUAGUAUUCUUCUCAUACAUCUUCAUUGGAUCCGUUCUAUUUUCAAUCAUUCUUUCAAACGGUGCAACAAGUGAUCCUGAUUAUUACAAUUCAACUUUAACAUCAUUUUUGAAUUCAAUGAUCUUGAUUACAACAGCAAACUUUCCUGAUAUUAUGUUUCCAGCGUAUUGGAAGAGUAGAUGGUAUGCGGUAUUGUUUAUCGUUUACUUGGGAUUGGGUCUGUUCAUUGGUAUAAACUUUAUGAUUGCGCUGGUCUAUCGUAGUUUUAGAAAAGCGGUUCUCAAGGAAACAAAAAACAACUUUAGAAAGCGUCGUACUGCGCUUUUGGCUGCUUUUAUUAUUAUGGAUCACGAUAAGACCGGUGUUAUUGGUUUGGAUCAGUGGGAGCAUAUCUACAAGCUACUGGAACCGAAAUCGACAUCCGACGAAGCAUCUGCUGCUUUUGACUUGGUCGAUACCGACGCCAAUGGUUAUCUAAACGUUCGUGAGUUCUUUGCAAUGUGCGACGUCUUUCUUCUCGAGCGAAAAACCGUUCAACACUUGGCAAAGCGAAAGCUUAAAGCAAGACAAAGACAAAUCAGAGCAUCGUCCGCUGCCAAUUCAUCAACUGAACAAUCACCAACUUCAAAUAUAUCUACAUCUGAUCAACAGCAACAGCAACAGCAACAACAACAACAACAGCAGCAACAACAACAGCAGAGGCAGCAACAAAAUGAUGGUCAACAACAGCAACAACAACAAUCAAAGGAAGAUCAACAACAACCUGUUAAGAAUACCGAUCAAGAUUUCGUUGGUAAUCUAAAAACAAUGGUUUCCAACCGCUAUUUGUUUAGAAAUCCAAAGGUUCAUAAUCUUGAUGUGCCCGGUGAGUAUGGUGGUAGCACUGCACACAACCGUGCAUAUCUCAAUAAGAUCGAUGAAAACAGCAGUAGCAGCAGUGACAGUGAGGAUGAUCUAGAGGAGGAAAUUUCACAGCCAAUAGAAUCGCAUAUGGAUCUACAGAAUCUUGCUAUUGGCGGUGAAGACAACGCAAAGGCAUCGAAAUUCUUCAAGACAGGUGCAAUAACAUCGCAUACACCACGUGCUACGCCAGAGAGUUCUCCACCACCUUCACCCAAGCGACAUCGAUCUUCAAGCGAACCAAAGGCGAAUCUACCAUCCGUACCAUCCGAGCAUACCAUUGCUCAAUAUCAAGAUGAUGACUACGAUGGUGACGAUGAAUAUGAAUAUGAGCAAGAGGAUAGAGAUAGAGAUAGAGAUGAACAUAGAGAUAGAGAUAGCGAUAAUAAUGACAAUGGUGAUAUUGAGUUGUCACAUAUAUCAACUGCUUCCACCGAUAUGGGAAUACCAUCUGUUAUUGCUAUGGAGCGAAGCAAUAGAUCAACAGCACAACAACAACUGCACCGUUCACAUCCAAAUGUUCCUUUGAAUACAACACCUGUGCAACCACCGGUUGUCAAGCGAGCAAAGAGCGAGACGGAUAUCGAUACUCUAAAGGUGGAACCUCACGCACAUGAAACCAUACUGGAAUCACUCCGAGAGCAUUAUAAACAUGCAUACUCGCAUACUCGCGACUACCUGAAGAGUGGAAGAUUGAAGCGUAUCACCAAGCAUCCGUUGUUCGAAGUAGCCGUAGUACUUACGAUCUAUGUCAACGUCGCUUUGAUAUCGCACGUCAUGGUGGGAACAAGAAAUCUCUAUUAUCCCGCAUGGACAGAGGUACUCGAUUGGAUUCUACUGUCGAUCUCGAUCGUCGAGGUAGCAAUGAAAAUCAUAGCAUAUCGUACCGUCAAGAAAUUCUGGGUGAUAUUCAACCUUUCGAUCGUAUCGGUUUCAUUCCUCGGCAAGGUAAUCGUUGAGUACGGACUACGAGGUGUUGGCGAUCCCAUUACAAUGUUAAGAAUUGCAUGUGCAUUCCGAUAUCUAAGAGUAUUUAGAUUGUUUUCUGCAGUUAGAAGAAUGAGACAUUUCUUACAAUCACUUGCACAAAUUGUAUUUAUAUUCAUUAACUUUAUUGGUAUUAUCUUUAUAGUUUAUUACUUUUAUUCGAUUAUUGGGCUGUGGAUUUACAAUGGCAAGUUCUAUAGAGGCAAUCCUGACUUGAUUGGAACUACCUACGAUCAGAGUAAUUACUAUGAUUUUUCGAAUUUCGAGGAUAUGGGUGCUGCCAUGAUUACAAUGUUCAAUCUGAUGGUUGUAAACAACUGGUUGGUGACAUUCCUUGCUGCGAUCGCUGUCACCAGUGCAUGGUCGAUUCUCUACUUUUGUAGCUUCUACUUUCUAACGGUUAUCUGUGUGUUGAACUUGGUGGUUGCUUUCUUGAUUGAGGCAGUCAACUUUACUACCAAUUUCUACUACCAAAAGAAGCGUGCCAAACACAAAAACAAGACACCUGUAAUCAGUAGAACACGUGUUCCGCAUAUGGAAUCGAUUAUUCCGAAAGGCAGGCGUUUUAUCAAUCGAUUCAGAUCACAGCCACUCAGUAUGAAGAGUGUCGCCAAUGCCGGUGGAGAAUCCGAUGGCAGUGGCGGCAAUGGUGUUACCGCCGGCGACUCUUUGUCGGAGAGUGGCGUCGACGAGACAUUCCAGCGUCCACAAGACUACCUUAUGAAACAAUUGGAAGCACUGAAGCGUCGAGAAGAAGAAACAGAGAGUGGCGGUGGAAUGGAGUCGACUCUUCAUACAAGUUCUUCCGACCCCGUUACAAAUGGCGGUAGUGGCAUCGGCAACACUGAAGCCGGACUCAACAGUUCGCAUCUCAGUCGACGAGGAUCGACCUCAACUUUCACCAACCAGGCGACGGAUCACCACGACAGCGAUACCUCAUCGAUGAAAUCGCAAUCCACCACUAUGACAUCGCGAGGCACCACCGACAACGAGAUGGAUUCAAUGGUGUAUCCCAACGACAAACUUCAAGAGACGCUAAUGAAAGAGGGUGUCAAGGGAUUCGAAGUUCCACACUUCUUCGAGGAGAAGAUGUUUGGCAAGGAGUUGAGGACUCUGAAUCAGGAGGAUGUAGAUCUCAACGAGUUCAUGGAGGACAUGAUCCUCGCGACCACCAAUCCAAUCGAUUCGAACACCGGAAGUCGUGCGCCGAGCCGACUCGGCUACCACGAAGAGCCGCAGGAUCUCUCGACCAUCUCGCGUGAUAUACGUGAGAGGAUCAGAGAGAAGAAGGAAAUCAAAGAGAAACUCAAGGAAGAGAAACGUGAGCAAAAAGAGAAGGAAAAGAAAGAAAAGAAAGAAAAGAAGGAAAAAGAGAGAUUGCGAUUGGCAACAUCGCGCGAGUUGGAAAAUCAACUACCAACUACAACAACUACAACCACUACUACUAAUAACAAUAAUAUGGGACAUCAUGAUUCAACUGCUUUAGGAGUCAGUACAUCAAAUUCACUUCGAUCCAGUAGUAAUCAAGUACCAAACACUCAACAACAACAACAACAACAACAAUAUCAACAACAACAACCAAAUCUCAGAAAAUCGUCAGAGUGGUAUUGUAAAGGCAAAUAA